AUGGCAUUUUCACGUCUUACAUCUACUCAUCAGUCCAAUCAUAACGGCUACAGUAAUAGCAACAAAAAAGGACAAAGUCUUCCACUAACCCUUUCUAUUGAUGUAGAAUCACCGCCAUGUGUUCUUUAUGGGUCUGCUAUGGAAUCCUCAGGUGCUGUGCUAAGUGGACUUUUUACUGUGACGGUUGUCGAUCCCUACAGUAGUGCUGAAGAUAAAUCUUUAAAGAAUACAGAAUCUAAUGUGUCGACUACUUCUAAAAGCCUAAAAAGAAAGAGUACAUUUGGUUCUGCACUUUCAUCUAGAUUGUCCAGCUUGUCAGCGUCGACGUCAAAUAUCUCUCCUUCAACAUCUUCUACAUCCAUAUCGCAUUCUCCCACGCCUGCUAAUUUAAGAAUAAUGGCUGGUUAUACCAAGAUCACCAUUACGUCGGUAACACUAAGUUUGGUACAGAAGAUCCAUUUCCAUAAACCCUUUGUGCCUAAUAUUUCCUCAAUGCAAACCUGUAUGAACUGUAAAACAAAGAUUACAAACAUGAAAAGCUGGGAAAUUCAGAGUAAUACCCAGGAUCUUUCUGUUGGAAGCCACUCUUACCCAUUUUCCUAUCUUAUACCGGGGUCUGUCCCAUGUUCUUCAUCGCUAGGUGCUACGGCUGAAACCCAGGUCAAAUACGAACUUAUCGCUGUUGUGACGUAUAUAGAUCCUCAUAGAAAUUCCUUUUCUUCCGGUCAUUCUACUCCCAGGAAAGAAGGAAGCUCUUCUAAGAAGCGGUUGUUGCAACUAGCGAUGCCCAUCGCCGUGACUCGAAGUAUACCGCGCGGGCCUGAUAAGAAUUCUCUAAGAGUAUUUCCUCCUACAGAGUUAACUGCUGCUGCUGUUCUUCCUAAUGUUGUAUAUCCUAAAUCUACUUUUCCUUUGGAGAUGAAAUUAGACGGUGUUUCUUCGGGGGAUAGGAGAUGGCGAAUGCGUAAAUUGAGUUGGAGAAUUGAAGAAACUACAAGAGUUAAAGCACAUGCUUGUCCAGUGCACAAGCAUGAAUUGAGGCAGUUAGAAGAGCAGGUUAAAAUAAAAGAGUCAGAAAAAAGUAAAAAGCCACGCAGUCAUAUUAAGCGUUAUGGUGAACUAGGCCCACAAAUCCGGGUUGCAGUAAACUCUUUAGAAAAUAUGCCGUCGCAAAGGCUUCCAGGCGAGCCCGGUCGUGAACAAGCACCUAAUUCUUCGGGUCCAGCGUCAACUGGUAAUGUUGGACUUGAUGAUGAAAAUCCUGUUAAUGAAGAUGAGGAAGACCAACCCGGUAGCGAAUUCAUCCAUCCCAGUGACGACGCUUUGCGUCAGGAGUUACUAAUGCAGCAACAACGCGCAAGACAACAACAACUUCAACAAGAGCUAAAAAACAACAGUAGUUUAUUUACGGAAGAGGUUCGGAUAAUAUCUAAGGGAGAAAUGAAGAGUGGAUGGAAAACCGAUUUUGACAAUAAUGGAAAGAUUGAGCUAGUUACAGAAAUAGAUUGUAUGGGACUUAAUUCAGGCGUCUCUAAUCCGGUAAUGCAUGCAUCGACACUACAAACUCCUUCCACGGGCAAUAAGAAGCCCAGCAUCAAUGUGGCUUGCGAUAUACAGGAUCCAAAUUUAGGUUUGUAUGUAAGCCACAUCUUGGCAGUGGAAAUAGUUGUUGCAGAAGAAACAUUGCAAUAUGCCAAUGGGCAACCUAUACGGAAACCAAACUCCAAAAACAAGAAAGAAACUAAUAACAAUACGAUGAAUGUUCAUAAUCCUGAUCAACGCUUAGCUGAAUUAUCUCCAAUUUUUGCAAAUAGAAAUACACCGAAAGUACGGCGCAUGGGGCCUGAAGAUAUAACACCGGUGAAUAGUAAUAAGUCCAACCAUAGUACUAAUAAGGAGAAGGCAUCUAACGGUGCUAGUAACUCUAAUAUAGUGAGUGUUCCCACUGGUGCAGCACGUGUUUUAAGAAUGCAAUUCAGAUUAACAGUCACUGAAAGAUCUGGACUUGGAAUCUCCUGGGACGAAGAAGUUCCUCCCAUUUACCAAGAUGUCGAGUUGCUCUCGCCACCAUGUUACGAGCUCUCUAUAAAUAAUGGAAUCAAAAAUAAACUUUAUUCAACAAUGAGUACUCCUGUUAGAUCAGAGGAUGAUUUUGUGGGCGGCAGCGAUGAAGAUAUUGGGAACUAUGAGAGCCAAGGGCUCGAACCUGGUCCUAACGUACAGGAAGUAACGAUCACACAAAAUAAAUUAACGAUACCACCAACCGCACAUCACUACCAGCCUGCUUCCUCUUCGCAAAGAUCCCUUACCACAGUACAGUCACCACCACUGGAAAGUGUUGUUAGUGUCCAGGGUAGUGUACCUUUUCGUGGACAUGUGUUGACACCACAUAGCACAAGAGAUAUCAGAAUACAAAACUUUUCCGAUUUUCUAGAUUCCAAUAGAAUAACCCAGUAG